AUUUCCAAGCCACCGGUCUGAAGAAAGGCAUGUUCUUCAACCCCGACCCCUACCUGAAGAUCGCCAUCCACCCCGGCAAGCACAGCAUCUUCCCUGCUCUGCCUCACCACGGCCAGGAGAAGAGAUCAGGCAUCGUCUGCAAUACCAUUAAUCCCGUUUGGCAGAGGGAGCGCUUUAAUUUUGUGUCUCUGCCCACGGAUGUGUUGGAGAUCGAGGUGAAGGACAAGUUUGCCAAAAGCCGACCCAUCAUAAAGCGUUUCUUGGGCAAGCUGUCCAUGCCAGUGCAAAGAUUACUGGAGAAACAUGCUAUCGGUGAUCGAGUGGUCAGCUACACUCUGGGUCGGAGGCUUCCAACAGAACAUGUCAGUGGCCAGCUGCAGUUCAGGUUUGAGAUUACAUCCUCCAUCCACCCAGAUGAUGAGGACAUGUCUCUUAGUACAGAGCAACCAGUGGCGGCAGCAGAAGCUGAAGUCCAGCCUCAGGCAGAAGACACAAUGAGUUUAAACCAGGGGGCCCCAGAGUUGCCUUUAGAUGGAGAAACAGCAUCUGUAGAGAUGCCCAUGGAUGUUGAAUCAGCCGAGGCAGAUGCUGUAGAGGAAGAGCCUUUAAAGUCAGAGCAGCAGACGCAUCCAAAGCAGCAGGAGGAAGCAGCAGCCGAGAUCCGAGAACAGAUGGAGCAAAAAGAGACCAACGUACAAGAAGAAGAGAUGACCCAAGAAGAGGCAGAAACUGAUUGUGCCUUUGCCAAUGGGCCUGCAGAGCCUUCAGGAGAUCCUGCAGCAGUCGAAGAGGAGGCAGUCUCAGACCCACAACCAGUUUCAAAUGAACCAGAUGUGGAUCUAGAGGAAGGCUGCUCGCUGAGGAUCAGAACCACACCGAGAAGGAAGCCACGGCCUUGUUCCCUACCCGUGUCUGAACUGGAGACGGUCAUCGCAUCGGCCUGCGGAGAACCGGAGACGCCACGUUCCCAUUACAUCCGAAUCCACCACCUGCUGCACAGUCUCCCGUCCACCCAACCUCAACUGGAAGACGCAGCUGCACCAGAACCCGACCGGCCACAGAGCGUAGAAGAACAAGAGGAAGACGAGGAAGAGGGUGCAAUCCUUGAGCCUCACGCUUUAACACCCAACGGCCCUCGCAGGACGCUGCCCCGCAGCCGCUCGCACGAGCGCCUCUCCGAACUCAUUCAGAUGCUUGAUGGAGAUGGACACCCGCUCGGGGCUGAGGGCCAAACCACAGGUCAAAGGUCACCAGUGGAAAGCGAGUACGAUUUGAGCCCGGUGCCAUGCUGCAGUCACAUGGCACAGAGGGCCUUGGGCCCCAUCCGGGCGCCGUCUCUAGACAGUGCACGUCGGUCGGAGAGCACUGUGUUCUCCUCACAGGAUGAUGAGGACGAGAUGGACAGGGUGAAUGGUAUUCUGGGAUUGGAGGCGGAGACAGGACAGGCCACUAAGAGCCGGGAGCCAGGGGAUGGGAGCUGUCAGUGGGAGGAGGUGCCAGACAGUCACGUCCAGAGCCCGCACAGCAUUAUGGGUAAUGGAGAAUCACCGGUAGCUGGACCAAGCAGCAGAAGAGAAUGUCCUUUGCCUUGUAACCAUCCUGCAGUGAGCCAGUUGCCCGCCCUGCGGCCCGACCCACAUCACUAUCCCACCAUAGACGAGCCGCUGCCACCGAACUGGGAGGCCCGUAUUGACAGUCACGGUCGUGUGUUCUAUGUGGAUCACAUUAACCGGAGCACCACUUGGCAACGGCCAACAUCCGCAGCCACGCCGGAUGGCCUGCGCAGGUCUGGUUCCGUCCAACAGAUGGAGCAGCUCAACAGGAGGUACCAGACCAUCCAGAGAACGAUGGCCACAGAGAGGAGAAACGAGGAGUCAGGUAGUCCCCGCAACGAGAGAACAGCCAACACUGAGACAGACUCGCCUCCACAGACAACCGAGUUGAGGAGAGAUGCCCCAUGUUCUCCAGGUCAUUGUCAGAAGAUCACGUUACUGCUGCAGAGUCCAGCGGUCAAAUUCAUCACUCACCCAGAGUUCUUCACUGUUCUCCACGCAAAUUAUGGCGCAUAUCGUAUGUUCACAAACAGCUCGUGUCUGAAACACAUGGUCCUGAAAAUCAGGCGUGAUGCCCGAAACUUUGAGCGGUACCAGCACAACCGUGACCUGGUGGCCUUCUUGAAUAGGUUUGCUGAUGCUCAGCUGGAGCUGCCGCGGGGCUGGGAGAUCAAAACAGACCCACAGGGGAAGUCAUUUUUUGUAGACCACAACAGUCGUGCCACAACCUUCAUUGAUCCCAGAAUCCCCUUGCAAAACGGCAGGUUGCCCAACCACCUGACGCACCGCCAGCACCUGCAGAGAUUACGCAGCUACAGCGCAGGAGAGGCAUCUGAGGUGUCACGCACCCGAGGGGUGUCUUUGUUAGCCAGGCCUGGAAACAGCCUGGUAGCAGCCAUACGAAACCAAAGCCAGCAGGAGCCAGUGCCAUUAGCAUACAAUGAAAAGAUUGUAGCAUUUUUACGGCAGCCAAACAUCUUUGAGGUGCUACAGGAACGGCAGCCAAACCUGGCAAGGAAUCACUCACUCAAGGAAAAGGUGCAUCACAUCCGAACCGAAGGCACACAGAGACUGGAGAAGCUGUCAUGUGAUGCUGAUCUGGUCAUGCUGUUAAGUUUGUUUGAGGAGGACAUCAUGUCUUACGUUCCUCUCGCAUCAUUUCACCCCGGGUUCAACUUCUCUCCACGAUGCUCUCCUGGUUCCUCUCCUCAAAACUCUCCAGGUGAGUCGGCCAAGAGCUUUAAACAUUAUCCUUCAGAUGCUCUGCAAACUACAUAAUUGUUUAGAUAUG